AUGAAGGACACUGAAUUUAUCACCUCGAAUCAUGUAUUUCUGGGCAACAUCAAACAGCUAAGGCGGCAAGAAAAAUAUAUCACAAACAGCCACCCUCCCAUCACCGAUAAGGACAUGGCACAGCUCCAAAACUCUCAUGCUCUGAAUCCCGGUACACUAAGGGGUCUGGUCCAGAAAGUGUGGUUCGACCUCCAGUUACAUCUGGGUCGAAGAGGAAAAGAGAGGAACAGACAACUAAAGCCCAACUCAUUCCUCGUAAAAACAGACAGUCUAAAAUAUAGCCUGUUUGUGUUACUUCUAGGUUGCACUCGUAAUUAGGCUACUGGAAAAAUAUAUAAUAACGCACUCUCUCUCAAAUACACCACUCUCGCAUAUAACGAGGCCACAAAUAAUCUUCUGGACCCAAGGGAGAGGGGCAGGGAGUCCAAGAGGGGAUUCAUGUUCGAGCAGCCAGGGAACCCACUAUGCCCGGUGGCAUCACUGGAUUAAUAUUUAUCGAAAUGCCCGGAGAACGCCCUUGCAUUUUAUCUCCACCCAAGGAAAGGAGAGUGUAUCGGGGAGUCGAUCUGGUACACGUCAGAGCCGAUGGGUGUGAACUAUCUGGUAGCACUUCUACCCAAGAUCUGCAGGGCAGCGGGAACAACUACAUACACAAAUCACAGCAUCAGGACCACGACAGUCCUGAAACUGGCCAAUGCUGGUUUAGAAGCGAGGGAGAUUAUGUCAGUGAGUGGGAAUCGGUGCGAAGGUUCGCCACAUAGCUACUGGCAUCCCUCAAUGACAGACAGAAAACGCUGGAGCAACAUCCUGGCCGAAAACAAAGAGAACACUGCAGCACCAUCAACACCCAAAAGGCUGAAGCAUGGCAGCAGAAGUAGUAGCACAGACUCUGACAUAUAUUUCAACCAAUGCACCAUCCAGGGGAAUGUACAGAUAAAUGUGACACACAAUAAGUAG